CCGGUCCUCCUUCUGUCCAGGUGUUUGGCCAAGGGGCGAUUGCACAACACGUUCUGAAGCCAGGGCACAAUGUCCUCCGGUCCUGCUGUGACUCUCACCUGGGGCGUAGGCGUUAGCAUGGGUAUCUACGCUUCCGGUGGUGUGUCAGGAGGGCACCUUAAUCCUGCGGUGUCUGUAGCCAUGGCGGUGCUUCGCCGUCUUCCUUGGACAAAAGUCCCCGUUUACAUGGCCGCCCAAUACAUUGGAAGCUUCUGGGCCAGCUGCGUCACUUACUUCCUGUACUAUGAUGCUCUGGAGAAGUUUGACGGUGGUGACAGACAGAUGUUUGGGGACCAUGGGACAGCAGGAAUCUGGGCUACGUAUCCUCAGUCCUACAUUAGCGUGUGGACAGGACUUGGUGACCAGAUCUUCAGCACCUCUCUUCUGUUGUUGUGUGUGCUGGCCAUCAUGGAUCCCCACAACAUGACACCGCACAAGGGGCUCAUGCCCAUUACUGUCGGCAUGCUCAUCACCGCCCUCGCUUUGGCCUUCGGCUACAACUGCGGCUGCGCCAUGAACCCUGCCCGCGACCUGUCACCUCGCAUCUUCACCGCCUUGGCGGGCUGGGGUCUGGAACCUUUCAGUCUGCGCGGAUACAACUGGUUCUGGGUCAACAUUGUGGGGCCUCACAUUGGCGCAGUGGUGGGGGCGCUGAUGUACCAAGCUUUCAUCGGCUUCCACUGGCCCCACCCCGAUUCUCCUGACGUACCCGUGGGACUUGAUGAAGCUAUGGAGCCUCUGGUAGGCGAAGUAACCGAGCAAACUGAAAACAGCCACGAAGAGUUUGAAAAGAAAAGUGAACUUCUGAUUCACCGUGUCGUGACGACAGUAUAAGUGUUUACAAUGCUUGUGUUUAAAAGUGUUUAAAAUGUGAGUAAGAGAGAGGAAGAGGAAUACGAGGAGAGGAAGAAACCAAAAGAGGAAGAACGAGCAAGAAAAACUGAAAGACAAACGGGUUAAUGACCGUUCACUUGCAUUCAUGUUCACAUUAUUUCCAUUGUCUCAUUACUAAUUUUGGAAAAUAUGUAAAGCUUGGUUGCAAAAGACAAACUCUGAACAUCAUAUGAUAUACAGUGUUGCCGUAUUGUACUAUCCAUAUGAA